UCAGAUAGAAGAUAUAUAAUACAGACUGUCAGACAUGAGUCAGUUGUUGGGUCGUCAGGACUGUAUCGAAAGCCUCCGAAAAGACCUGGUUGACCUUCAAGGAGCGAUUCUGGACGUGUUCUCUCGAACCGGCCCGGUCCGGUUUUCUUCCUGGAAGUUCCCGGACAAACUCUCCUGUAAUCUAGACAUGGUAGCUUUGCUAGAGCAGUAUGACUUUGUGGACGGGGAAGAUGCGUUCAAUCAGCACUCCCACAUUGUUUUACUGGAGCUGGUGAUUGACAGACUGCUGCUUCUUGUACAAAGCACCAGUGCUUACAUUGAGCAACUGAGGGGCAGCCACAGGAGAGAACAAACGCCACAUAAAGGAUGCCUGUCAGUUGGUCUGGUAGUCACAAACUAUUGGAGCAAUUUAGUUCAAUUUGCCAACAUAAAGGAGAUUGGCAUCAGUAAGAAGCAGACAGAAACAAACAGUGAUGAGACAAAGACAGCAUCUCCUGUCUCGCCUCAAUUGAACUCAACGACUGACUUUUGCAAACGUUGCUUAUCUGCUUGGUCAUCAACGAGCACAUUUAAAAUUUCCCCGCAGAAUCGCACACCUUCCAGUCCCAUCCACAGCACGCCAUGCUCUCCCGUGGUUGACAGUCAAAACAAAAGCUGCCAGACUGUUGAAUCGUCACUCAUUCCAUGCAAUGCAUGCCAUCAAGUGCAAACUCUUUUGAGAAGGACAGGAGACUCUCUGGUAGACCUGCUUCAGAGCGAGGGCCUGCCCUCAUCUCUGAAACCUCUCCUAGCAGCUGUGGAUGACACUCUGGAGCUGGGACGUAUGACAGCAGGCGAUGUUUCCCAGUGGGCCAAUGAACAGCUGAGGGACAUGCGCAGGCUGGAAAAGCAUCUUCAAGAUGUACGCUGUACGGUGCAGCCUCUUAAAGACAGACUAGCAGUGGCAGAAACAGAACAGAAAAGAUUGAGAUCCCAGCUGGAAAGAGCGCAAAAAGAGUUCAACCAAGAGAAGGAAAAUCUUCAAAUAAACUUAGUCCAGCUUGAGUUUUCUCUGCAGAAAGCACAGAGAUCCGUUAAAGAAACAGAACAAAGGCUACAAGAGGAGCAACAACAACAUGAGAGGAAAACUCUGUCCUUGGAGGAGAUUAAUUUGAAACUAAAGGAGGAAAUAGCACUGCAGCAAAAAACUUUACAAGCACUUGAAUAUGAAAAGAAAGAACUGCAGGAGAAUCUUGACACCUUAAAAACAGAGGAAGAGGCCUGCUCUAAACUACAGCACAGGAUCCAGCAGUUAGAGAGCCAGAUCUCUGACACUCAGCUCCUUCUUGACAAGGAGAAAUCCAAGUACCAGAGUGCUUGCCGUCAACAAGAGUCAAUGCAGGCAAAGCAGAAAUCUUUGCUAGAGAGAGUUGACGCUCUCGACGAAGAGUGUGAAGAGCUGCAGAGGCAGCUGGGGGAGAGAGAGGAGAGGCAGAUCAGCCUACGCAGUCAGCUACAACAGAUGUCAGAGGAGAAGGAAGAACUGCAGGCUCAGAUGACUCAACAGCAGGACUUGUAUUUAAAGCUCCAAAAUGAGAAACGGACACUACAAACAAAUGCAGACGAGCUAAAAAACUGCGCGGAUGAGCUGAAGGAAUACGUGCAAGCUUUGAGGGAGAGGGAGAGGCUGUUGGUGGCUUUCCCGGAGCUCACCCCACUGGCCCAACCACAGAGUACAGGAAAUGUGCUUUUGGAUAUGCAGCAGCAACUGCAAGCAAAUAGCAUUCGUAUAAAAGUUCUGGAGCAGGAAAAUGCCACCCUUCACAGAAGUCUGGAGAAGCUGGGGGAAAAAGCACAACAUAAUGCCACCACAGAAGCCUCCCCUCAGCAGACAUGGACUGCUUCUCAGGCCAACACACCAAUAGGAAAACACAAAAAUCACCAGACUGAAAUGCAAAGCAGUCAAAUGCCGAGCAGUGAUGCAGCAAGGCUGGGGUACAUUAACAGAGGAAAGGAAGCAAGAGGAGAUGGGAGCGGUGUGGAGUCAGCCAGGUCACAGGAUCGUGUGUCUGCCUCCCCCUCGUCCCCACAAAUUCACCUUCAAACACUCCACCUUGACAUAGGGUCCGCUGCUGCUAAAAGCCAUGGAAAGGUAAACAGCGCUUCUCUGCUAUCCCAUUCCCGAGGAUGGAAUCAGAGGAAAAAAUGAAACACCAGAAGAGUGAACAAAAGCACACCACUGCUAAAGAUUAUUGGCAACAACUACAAAUGGCUCGUAAUGGUUUUUUUUUGUUUGUUUGUUUUUUUGUCAUUUCACAUUGUCAUUUUGUAUGGUUAUGGGAGUAGGUUACAACUGUU